UGAGGCUCCACAGCUUCCUCAGCAUCUCCUCAGGACCAUAGACUGUCAGCAAGGAGCUGUCAGAGCAGUUCGUUUUAAUGUGACAAAUCCCUAAAGUUGUGGAGUGUGACCCGAGGGACGUUCCUGAAGACGUAUAGCGGACACGGUUAUGAGGUUCUGGAUGCUGACAGGUGAGGAAAUUGUUUCCACAAUUUCUCAAAUCUGAAAUCAGAGUUGUCUACGGAUGCUGGAAAAAGCUGUAUUCAUUCAUUAAUGCAAUCGUUGAUUAAGGAAAAACAAACCCUGCAGAGAAGAUGAGAUAUAUUUGGUUGGUGCUUCAAUUUACAGUUAAACUGUUUCAUGAGACUUUUAAUAAAAGUUACUUCCAACAGUUUUCUUUUGAAUUGCAUGGCGUCGUUUUUCUUCGUUGUCUGUUUCCACAGUUCUUAUGACAACAGCCAGCUUUGCUCGUGCAGCUCUGACAAGACGGUGAUUCUGUGGGAUGUUUCAACAGGUCAGGUCACACGCAAGCUCCGAGGACACGCUGGGAAAGUUAACUGUGUGCAGUUCAAUGAGGAGGCAACAGUGAUUUUAUCUGGGUCCAUAGAUGGGUCGGUUCGGUGCUGGGACACAAGAUCAAGAAGAUUUGAGCCCAUCCAGGUUCUAGAUGAGGCUCGGGACAGUGUUAGCAGCGUCAAGGUUGCACAACAUGAGCUGCUUACUGG